GGGUAUAAAUAGUGAACUUUUUUUUUCAUUAUUUCAUCAUUCGAAUCUUCUUCCUGCCUAUCAUCUUCUUUAGCACCAGAUAAUAGCACUGAGAAGAGAAAAUGACCGCGAAAUGCUGCUUGGUUACCUUCUUUCCCCUGCUGAUUGCAGCUGUUUGGCUGGCCUCAGCAACUGCCACCUCCACCGGCAGAGAGCCGAAACAGUUGUUGUUUCCUACUCCUUUUUACCGCGUUCAACCCGUGAUGGAAUCUCGUUUUGGACCUGGUCCCCGUCAAUCGAAUUCGCCAAUUAAUCCCAUGAUCGGACAACAAGGUUUGGGACCGUUUUUCGGUUAUUUUCCCAAUCUUCUGACUCAGCCGUGCCCAGAUUGUGCUGCUUGUGCUGUUUGCCCCAACUGCACGGUCUGUCCAGAAGCAAUUCCACUGCCUCCAGCUGAAACUCUAAAUACUUGCGGCACAGGACCACUCUCAGUCCUAUCAGCAGCUCCUAAUGGAACCAUCUCAUUAAGCGUCAAAUCAACAACGCCGAGCUGGAGCGUUUGUGAAUUCGGUUUGGCCGCUUACCACCCGAAUACCUCAAUUCAGCUAACAUGCACUACGUUGGGAACCGGCACAGGAUUCAAAACAUAUCCUCUUGCCAGUCCACUUCCGGAAUAUGGUUCAGCCAACACACCCUAUGUUUCAAAGGGGAGCUUUUUGCUCGUGGGUGUGACUAACGCCAUUGACGCCACUAAAGAUCUCACAGCCGAAUGUAAAUGGGAAACAGUGCAGAACAAAUAACGUGAAUUUAAAAGUUGGUGAAAAAGGACUGAAACUUUAUCUUCAGUUGUAAGGUUUACGCACAUAACUUUGUACAAUGAACACUAUGCAAUAUUCUUGUAUCGUUAUCGUUGCAUAGUUCGACUAUUUAUUGCAAUAUGUAGCCUGUAGCGUCAAAUUCGCGAUUUUCCCAAUUUUAUGACGGUUCUUUCAGCCCGAGCAUUUAAUAAAGACAUG